AAUCGAAUGGCUAGCAAAGUUUCAGGAAUGUUUUGGACUUGGGUGCAUUCUUCAACUGGCCCCAAAACUACUCAUUUUUGGGCUCCAGUGUGCAAUUGGUUUUUCCCAAUUCAAGCCUUGUAUGAUUGGAAUAGAGAUCCUGCCAAAAUCAGCAAGGAGAUGCAAUGUGUGUUGGUUUGUAAGAAUCUCUCAAAAAAUUAGGCUAUUCAUCAUUAUUUAUGAGAUGGGCACUCAGGAUAUCUCCCCAAAGCUACAUUCUAUUUUGCAUGCAUCUCUUUAAUGCAACAUUGUAGGGAAGAUUAUUAAUAAGAAGAUUGACGUGGGAAUCAACCUAAUAGAAAGCCAUAGAAGACAAACCAACUAAUUGAUUGUCUAUUUAGAG